AUGACUAUUCGAUCAGCCUACAGUGGCACACAGCGAAAGCUCGUUCUCGCCUUCGAUGUCGGGACGACCUUCAGCGGUAUUUCCUAUAGUAUCCUAGAUCCUGGGGUAAUCCCUCAAAUUUGGGGUGUAACAAGAUAUCCCGCGCAAGAGCAAGUAGGGGCUGAUUCGAAGAUCCCCAGUGUCAUCUACUACGAUCGUCAAGGCAAAGUGAAAGCUGUUGGAGCUGAGGCUAUCCGGGAGGGAGUUGAAGAACUCGCCGAAGACGAAGGCUGGAUAAAGGCUGAGUGGUUCAAACUCCACUUGCGCCCGAAAACCAAGUCAGCGACGCAUAUAUCAGAGAAGAUUCCGUUGCUGCCACCAGGGAAGUCUGCGAUUGGCGUCUUCGCCGACUUCCUGCGUUAUCUUCACAAAUGUGCGCGGACGUACAUCGAAGAAACGCAUCCUAACGGCGUUGAUCUUUGGGAGAGCCUUGCGCGUCAGACAGAGUUUGUCCUUUCUCAUCCCAAUGGAUGGGAGGGAGGUCAGCAGUAUCUAAUGCGCAGGGCUGCCAUCAUGGCCGGCCUCGUGCCUGACACUCAUGGAGGUCGUGCUCGUCUUUCAUUUGUUACUGAGGGCGAGGCUAGCCUGCAUUUCUGCAUUCGAAGUGGUCUCACAACGGAGGCCAUGAAGAGUGGGAAAGGUCUCUUGAUUGUUGACGCCGGGGGAGGAACAAUCGACAUCAGCGCAUACAAGAAAAAGCCGGGAACCAAUCAUACCUACGAAGAAAUUGCCGCCCCACAGUGUCAUUUCCAGGGAUCUAUCUUUGUGACCAAAAACGCAGAAGCAUACCUCGUGGAUCUGCUUCAAGGCUCAAAAUUCGUCGAUGAUCUGCAUGUUAUGGUGGAACGUUUCGACAAAACAACAAAACUGCGCUUCGUGAACCCCGAGGAGCCUCAGUUCAUUAAAUUUGGUGGUGUGCGAGAUCAAGACCUCAGACUGAACAUUCGGCAUGGCCAGCUAAAACUACCUGGGACCGAAGUUGCUAAGUUUUUUAAGCCGUCAAUUAAUUGUGUCAUCAAAUCGAUUGAAGACCAGUGUAAUUCUUCUGCGACGGAUAUUUGUUCCGUAUUCCUCGUUGGAGGUUUUGCAACGAGCAAUUGGCUCUUCAACAACCUCAAAGCGACAUUCGCACCCCAGGGUUUGGACAUCAGCCGGCCUGACAGAAAUACCAAUAAGGCUGUCGCAGAUGGAGCAGUGUCGUUCUACAUCGACCACUUCGUGACGGCCCGAGUAGCUAAAUUUUCGUAUGGGAUCAACGCGAAUGAUGUCUACGACCCUUCAAAUCCAGAGCACACUGUUCGUAAAAACAAACUGUAUAUCAGUUUAGAUGGGACAACAAGGGUUGACGGUGGCUUUGAAGUGAUCUUGCGGAAGGACACGGCAGUACACGAAACGGAGGAGUUCAGACAAUCAUUCAAGGAACUUGUUCAACAUCAGACCAGCUUACGUGUUCUAUCCGCGGAAAUAAGAAGCUUCAGGGGUGUCCGCAAGGAUCCUCGAUGGAUCGAUGAAGGAGAAGAUUCCUACCAUUCACUUUGUCGCAUUGAAGCGGACGUUUCGAAUCACCAAGCCCCUUUAAAAUAUUCCCCUGAAUCCGACACAUUUUACUAUGAAGUGCAUUUCGACAUCAUCCUGUCUCUUGGCCUGACAGAAUUCAAGGCUUCUAUUGCUUGGAAGGAAAACGGAGUUGAGAAAAGGAGUCCUGCGCGAAUGGUUUAUGACCCAGAAAUGGAGAUCCCAGAUAACUCUGUCUAA